UGGGGCGCCUGUUCUUAGAAAAGUGUUCAUUCACCUCGCCGCACUGUCAUAAGAAGGAUUUACACCUCACAACAGAAGCAGAGCAAACCUUUAUGGACAUUGAACACAGUAUCCUUCACAGGUAACCGCGCAUGAUUGGAUCAUUAAUGAUGAGGACACAUGGACGACAUCACCGACCACGCAGUAUCGUCUUCACCGUCGCCGCCGGUAUUUCGGCAGUAGUAUGUUGUGUCUUUGUCUUCGCAGUACAGACAAACGUGCAUCCCCGACGUCACACUAACGCCCCAGACAAGCAUUCCCUUCCAUGUCCUUCGCCUUACGGAGACAACAUAGAAGACAACAUCAGACGCGUCUUAGAGAAACAGAGAGACGCCGAACCAGCAAGUCGGGUAUAUCUCAGCCAUCUUGGGCUGCCCUGGCAGGGCGGGACGUUUGUUAACGUCUCCACAACAACUGGGUCGACCUUGGAUUCAAGGCGUUCAAGGUCAAGAGUAACCCUCCCCACUGUGGUUCUAGCGGCAUCAGCUAAUCACUACCAGGAGCUUCAGGCUUUACUGCACAACAUCCACACCUCCGUCAACCGAGAUGGCAGGUUGAAAGUUGUGUUCUAUGACCUUGGACUAGAUCCCUUUCAGCUUAGCCAGAUGCAUCGUCACUGCGAGUGCGAGGUGCACCAAUUCCCGUUUCACCAAUUCCCGUCUCACGUCCGAGACUUGGGCGUCUUUUCCUGGAAACCAAUCCUAGUUCAGGUAAACCCCAUCAUGUGGCCCAAUAACUGGAGGGCGUGGCGAUCACCCUUCAAAAUCUAGCUCUGCAACAAUGGAACUUCAUCAUGUACAUGGACGCCUCCAUCCGCAUCCUAACUUCAGAUCUCCAGGAACUUUUUGACGUUGCCUGGAAACGUGGAAUUCUCGUCAGUGACCGAGAACACGAAUCUUUCAAGAUGGUUGAACACACUGAUCCAAGAACAUUUGCCUUCUUUGGCGAGAAACCUUGUUACUUUGAAAACAUAUCAGAGAAACAAGCCGGCUUUUUGUUGAUGAGGAGAAGUCCACUUCUAAAGUUAACCAUUAUUCGACCAUGGGUUGAGUGCGCACUGUCACUGGAAUGUAUUGCUCCGCAGGGGUCAAAGAUCAACUGGUUUUGUAGUUACUAUCGCCACUUCUUGGGCGAAUGUCAUCGAUUUGACCAGUCAGUGUUGAACAUUGUCAUAUCUCGAACAUUCCAUCACACAGGGGACGUACCACUUAUUCCUAGUAAAUUCUUUAAAAUUGACAGAAAUCAAAGAAUGAAUUAUUUCGAUAUGAUGUAAAUAUUCCAAAUUGGUUGUGUUAUCUGAAGGUGUAAUGAAACCUGUAAUUUCUGAAAAAGGUGCCCCUUCAUCCACCGGAGAUAAUUGCGCUCAGGUGCUAUUCAUCGUGAGAAAUGGUUUGUAACGAUAGAAUCAUUUCACCAUAUCUAUACCCUUAUCCCGGACCAAGGAG